AUGUCCUGUAUUGUCCUGAAUCUGAAUAGGUGCCAGGCAGGAGAGAGGAGACAUGUCCCAGAGGGCGAGCAGAUUUGCUGCUACCAAUGUGCCCCUUGUCCAGAAGGGGCCAUUUCUAAUCAGACAGAUGCAGUUCACUGUGACCUUUGUCCAGAAGACCAAUAUCCCAACAAGGACAAGGACCACUGCAUUGCCAAGAAGAUCCACUUCCUUUCCUAUGAAGAUACCCUGGGAUACACUUUGGCAUCUCUUACUCUUUUUCUCUCUUUGAUCACAUUGGCCGUCCUAGCAACUUUCUAUAAACAUCAUGACACACCGAUCGUCAAGGCCAACAACCGAGAUCUCACCUAUCUUCUCCUGGUCUCCCUCCUGCUCUGCUUCCUCUGCUCCUUCCUUUUCAUUGGUCAACCGAGGAAGCUCACCUGUCUCUUCCGACAAACUGCCUUUGCCAUUCUCUUUUCUCUUGCAGUUUCCUCUGUCUUGGCCAAAACUGUCAUGGUGGUUCUGGCUUUCAUGGCUACCAAGCCAGGGAACAAGACAAGGAAAUUCUUAGGAAAAUCACUGACCAAUUGCAUUGUUGUAUCCUGCCCUCUUGUCCAAGUAGUUCUUUGUGCCAUCUGGUUGAUAACCUCUCCCCCGUUUCCUAACUUGGAUUUUCACACCUUGAUAGGAGAGACAAUCUUGGAAUGUAAUGAAGGCUCAGAUUCAAUGUUUUACACUGUCCUGGCCUACCUGGGUUUUCUGGCCAUCGUGAGUUUUAUCAUGGCCUUUUUGGCCAGGAAAUUGCCCGACAGCUUUAACGAAGCCAAGUUCAUUACUUUCAGCAUGCUGGUCUUUUGCAGUGUUUGGAUCUCCUUCCUCCCCACCUACCUGAGCACCAAAGGGAAGUCCAUGGUGGCUGUGGAGAUCUUCUCCAUCUUGGCCUCUGGGGCUGGUCUCCUGGCUUGUAUCUUUUCCCCCAAAUGCUACAUUAUUCUUCUGAGGCCCCAUCUUAAUUGUAAAGAAAAUAUGAUAAGGAACAAAAACCUCUAAUUCAUGAAGGGAUGGGAAACAUAUUUAUCCUUGAGGCAUGUUUAGUAUCUGAUGAUAUUUAUAAAACAUGACAGAGAAGAAGAAACAGAUCCAUUUAAUAAUGCCUUACUCAAGUGCUAUAACUGGUCAUAAUAGGAGUGAAUUGGUUGAGUUGGGUAGAUGUGUAAA